ACAUAUAUUUUGUUAACAACAUCUCUCACUCCAUAUCUGAAUCCCUGUGCAGAUCCGCCGGAGGCGCCCAUUGUUAAAGUGGACAGUCUGUCCGCUACUGACGCAACGCUGAUGUGGGAAAUGGUGGUCAGGGAUGACGGCGGCAAUCAAGUGGACGGUUUUAUCAUCAGUUAUCGCACCGACACCACCACCGGUAGUGCCAUCAGCGGCACCGCUGGUAGUGAACAGUCAGCGCAAUGGGAGACAAUACAAUUGACUCGUCAGCACAAAAACUAUGUCCUCAGGAAUUUGAGAUGCGGUACCACUUAUAUCGUUAAGAUCGAGGCCUUCAACGAAGUGGGCACCGGUAGGCCCAGCGAUGAACUGCGAUUCACUACACAAGGAAAGGCGCCCAUAGCCGGAGAACGAUCUCUAAUAUUCACGCCAAACAUAACGUUUGUUUUGCUUCAUCUGAGCCGAUGGUCAGACGGCGGCUGUCCUAUCAGUCACUUUAUCGUACAAUAUAAGCCCAGACAACAGGCCAUGGAUUGGAUUCUGCAUUCAAACCACAUCCCACCCGAACAGAGCACAGUUAUGUUGACUGAUCUGCAAGCGGGCACGUGGUAUGACCUGUUGGUGUCCGCUCGCAAUGAGGCGGGCAUUACCGAAAUGGAGUACAGAGUGGCCACUCUUACGCAGACGGGCGCCACCGUUGAGCCGCUCAGUUCGUACGACCGCUCCUCCCGGGUAUCCCUCUUCGAAGACCCCAUGAUUUUGAUCCCAGCCUUUUGUGCGAUCGUUGUGUUAAUAGUAGUGAGUUGUGCCACCGGUUUCAUACUCAUCUGGAAGUCACGGGAAGGGAGGGCCGCCGGAGACUCAUUAGUGAGUUGUGCCACCGGUUUCAUACUCAUCUGGAAGUCACGGGAAGGGAGGGCCGCCGGAGACUCAUAUCCGCCGGAGGCGCCCAUUGUAAAAGUGGACAUGCGGGCACAGAAUUGUCGGGGCUUUACUCUCUUACCCCGUGUCAUAUCC